UCGUUCCAGAGGAUUCCCCGGUGCUUCUGUCCGUCGCUGCCUCGGACGGCUCCUCCGGUGUCCCGGUGCCCGUUAGAGCUGCUCCCCUCCCCGGAGCACGGUGCCGCUCGUGUCGGCGACACGGUCCCCGUCUAGCGACAGUCUGCGGGACGACCCGGCCGGGGUUCCAGCUCCGGUCCAGCCAGAGCCAGAGGGGGACUCUACACGCUAAUACGAGGCCCUCACUCCAUCCCCGGAUUCACCUGCUUCGCGGCGGAGCAGCCUCGCACGGAGGAGAUGGGGGACACGGGGAGCGAGGGCAGCAGCAAGCCGCCGAGCAGCGUCGUGCCGCCGCGCUGCCCCUGUGGCUUCUGGGGGUCGGGCAAAACCAUGAAGCUUUGCUCAAAAUGUUUUUCAGACAUUCAGAAGGAGCAGCCAGACAAUGACUGUGCCCCAAAGGCCUCCUCAAGCUCCAGCAGCAGCAGCAGCCAAGCAGACGUCUUCUGUAAUGAAACAAACAGCAGCAUUAGUCAGUCACUGAUGUCGAUGCCGAACUUGUCAGAGGAGCCGUCCCCAGGAGAGACGGGAGUGACAUCUCUACCUGCUCAGGACGAAGUAUCCAGCACAGACACAGUCUUUGGGUCACUCUCCACCCCCACAAAACGCUCCUUUGAGUCAGCUGACACGAUGUGCUGCUGCCUUCACACACAUGAACACCCGCACAUGACUAAGGACAACUGCAGAGUCGGCGAUGUGAGGAAGCAUGAACACGUUGAUCCCUUGCCUGAUGCCGCGGGAUCAUCCUCUGAGUCAGAAAGCGAUGCUUCACCUGAGAAGCGAGCCAGGGUGGGUGUGGUGCCAGAGAGUGAGGAGUCGUUAUCAUCGUCGUCAUCUUUGUCUGCGUCCUCAUCCUCGGCUCGCGGUGGCUCCAAACAGCGGAGCCGAAAACGUUGCCACCGCUGCCAAACCAAACUGGAGCUGGUUCAGCAAGAGCUGGGUUCCUGUCGCUGUGGUAACGUCUUCUGUAUGCUCCACCGGCUCCCGGAGCAACACGAUUGUCUGUUCGACCAUCUGGGCCGCGGUCGUCAGGAGGCUGUCUUGAAGAUGGUCAAGCUCGACCGCAAGGUGGGCCGCUCAUGCCAGCGCAUCGGGGAGGAAUGCUCCUGAAGAAUCUCAGCGAACAGACAGUAUCUUGGCACUAACAGGGAUUUGAUUUUUCGUUUUUUGGCUCUUAUUUUUCAAGAUUUCUGCAGGUUUUUUGGAUACAAACCUCCACUUGUUUCUUUAAAUGAUGCUCCUUUCUUUUACAUCCCCCUGUUUCCCCAUAUCUGGGUCGUUUCCAGCUUCUGUUUGCUUGAUCGUAUCCCUGCUGCUAAGACGCCUUUUGGAAAAUACUCACACCCAGGAAUAAAAGAACAGUAAAAAGAGUUAAGGAAAUAUCCUCUCCACAUUUUUUGCAAGCUCCUGACUUCACAAGUGUGAGUGGAGCAAGAACGAAUUACCGGAUGAAGCGAGGAAUUACAAACGUUUGUCCUGGAGGCCAGUUUAAGACUGUACUCUUUACCUCAAAAAUGAAAAAGAAAAACCCCCAACAACAAAGAAUGACGAGGAUUGAGGAGUAAGGGAUGGUCUCCCUUUGUGAACACUUUUGCUUUGGUGCUGUUAAUGGACUGUUCUUUACCUCAAAGUCAGACAGAGCUGCUUUCUACUCUGCGCCAAGCAUGGACUUUGUGAAGCAAACCAAGAUAGCCAGCCUCAGUUUAAGUCAGUGUCUUACCCCCUGGCCAUCCUCCACCUUUAAUCCUUAACCUUUAGAAACACAAACACCUGGUAAUCAUCCACCUCAGGAUAUCAGAGCCCAUUGUUUGCCCUUCCUCCCAACAACUCUUUCUCACCUUCAAACCUUUGUCUUCAGAUCGUUGUGAAAUUGUUUUUUUUCACGUUGUAAACAAUGAAAUCCAACUCAAACACACACACACACACUGAUAGUGGGAACCGCGAGCUACUCGUCCUUGGAUUGCACACAGAUCUGUCUUCAACGUUGGGGUGGGAUUGAUCCAAGACUUAAUUUGUCGAGGAUUUUCUCUGUCUUCCUUUUUUCGUCUCAACCUUUAUCUUCGUUAUCCUCCACGUGAAGACAUUUUCUCUUCUCAGCCAUCGUCUUUAUUUCAGCAACAUGUGGAUUACGUGUGCUGGAUGUGUGCAAACAUCAGGAAGAAGAACAUUUACAGGACGUGGCGGACAUUAAAGUGUGCUUGUAUGGUUUAAGACUGGACCUGGAACGUCUGCAUUGUACACAUCCUCACAUCACCUUAAGUUGUUUUUUGUGCUUAGCUGUUGUUCUCUUUGAGCACAAACAGGCAAAGUGAAAGGCUGCAGCAGAGUUUGGACUGAAGCAGAAAUUGGCAGAGCAUCACUCAGAGAUGCCUGUUGGACUUUGUUGCUGUUCAGGUUUCCUCUUAACUUCUUAGCCCUUCAUUUCACUUAUCGACAUUGUUUAAGGUCAUUUCUCCAAUAGCUUUGAAGCAGGACUUAAUAUUAUUUUGGUUUCAUUCUUCUUACUUGUACUUAAAUGCUCCUAUUUUCCCUCCCUCUGCCCCAUGCUUUAAUUUCCUGCUGGUAUGAUGAACCCACAUCCUCCUCCUGCCUUUGACUUUCCUUUUCUCAUCUUCCUCUUUAUUGAUUGCUCCGCUUUCCCCCUUUUCCCUCCUCCUUUUCUCCUCACUGCCUCUCCACUACUGUCUUUCUUGUUUUGCUGAAAAUGACGAAAGAGGGAUGGGGUGAGCGAGUUGAAAUCAGCAAAUAAUUCCUGUCUCAAUGUGUUCCUGGUGGAAAAGAACGAGCAGAAAGUGCAUAAUGAAAAAAAUAUUCUGUAUCUUAUGGAAAACCUUAUUUAACCUUUUUUUGCAUUGCAGAUUUAGUUACACUUUAGUGUAGAGCUGCCUUUGUUUUGGUUGUAAUGUCAUAUGAUGGGAAGAUGAACGUGGAAAAUUCUGAAUUUGUGUUUCCAUUGCAUUACCCUCUGCUUCCCCUUUCCAAGUUUUUCUUUUACUGAGAAAGAAUAAAUUGGAUUAGACAAAG